AUGAGUGGCUACUAUCCUUUUUCUUAUUCUCAACCGAAUCAAGUACCGUACUUCCAUCAAUAUCAACCGUCAACCUUCAAUGGAUAUCACGGAUAUCACGGAUACAAUUACAAUUCGAUCGAAUACUACGGUAUGCCGGCUCAUCAACCACAGCCCCAUGCAGGUACCGUAUCAUUGACCCCUCCGACUGGAAGAGACUACAAUCCGAUUGAAUACAAUCCGAUUAGUUAUGUGUCAAGCCGUCAGCAGAUGGUGUCUAUGAACUUUCAAGGACUUCCAUGGAACCUGAUGACCGGACGCCCGGAACCACCCACGCACAUGGAUUACGGAAUCCCACCGACUCCGAUCGGACCUCUCAAUUCCAAUCAUCGUCCUCUUCCACCGACGCCACCAACUCCAGACGACCAGAUUCGCUUGAGUCAGCUGCCUGCAUGGUGCUUUUAUUCUAGAGUACGAGUCACGUGUGAACAAGAAAAAGAGCUCGUGAAGAGAUACGCAGUGGAUCGGUACAUUCCGAAGAAAGAGGAACGAGAAGAGUUGGGAGAGAGGAUCGGUUUGAGUGCCGAACGGAUCUUGGUUUGGUUUCAGAGCAGACGACAGGUAUGUUCACAGUGAUAGAGACUAAAGUUUCUGUUUUUUUUUCCAGAAGGAUGGUGCAUCGAACCACGAGUACAGACAGAACAGAAUACAGUUCAGCAGGGAGCAAACGGAGGCGCUUGAGAAGAGAUUCUCGGUGUCCAAGUCAAUUUACGCAGAAGAACGCGACAAGAUGGCCGAGGAGAUCGGUUUGAGUUGGAAACAAAUUCAGAAUUGGUUCACAGGCAGACGGAGAAAGGAACGAAGACAGAUGAAAUAA